CUCCUUCAAAUGCUGUCUUGCCUGGACACUACACCGAUCUGCACACAUAUCUACCAGCACUACGAUGGGACAGAACAGGAAGCGAACCAGACACCGGACCAGUCGUGCCAGAGUGCAGCUUCAACACGAUCUUUCAACGACCACCUCCAACGACGCCACUCUUUCGUUACUCUCGACGAGGACUGUACGCCACGACACGGCGACAAGCUCUCUGAUGGCCUUAUUGAGCAAUUCAGACGAUAUCAAACAUUCCUGGAAACCAACUCUCGUUGCACCACCAAAACCAAAGCUAUGUCGACAAGAAAGCGACAACAGUCGUGACCGAAGAAUCUUCGGUGGCGAAGACGAUGAGACGGCAUCCGCCCAAGAUCUGCGAGUCCAAAUGCUCGAUGUCGUGCUUGGCCUAUUCAACGGGAUCGAUUAUGACGAUUCGAUGUGCUAGCCGAGCUUCUUCUUCUUCUUCUUCAGGCCAGCUGGUGCCGUUCACGAAUUUCCUUGUCACGAUGGACAGACGGCCAGAAUGGAGCUGAUGGAGGUAGCAUGACCUGUGGAGCAUGCAUCGGCGAAGGCGUUCAAGAUACCCAUGUUUUUCAAUGUCGAUAUAUACGCUGUGUGCAAUGCAUCACCCAACGCAGCAUAUUCAACUCUCACAACACAAUCACAACUCUUUCUUUCCAG